AUGUGGACUUCCGUAGCCGACCUGUUCACUCCGACCUCUCUCUUCCUCUUCCUCAACCUCACCAUCGCCGCCAUCGCCAUCACCUCCCGCAAGAACAACAACAACAAGCACCCUCCUCAUGCCUCCUCCCCGCUUCUCCACUCCGACCACUACUCCGACGACCGCCACCGCCAUUUGAGGGACGACGGACCGUCGUCCCACCCAUCAACACCCACCGCGCGCGCUCUCGAGCGGGCCUCCUCCCUUUUCAAAUCGAUGAACAGCCACUUCUCCCCACUCCGUAGAUCCGGCGGACCCGACCCGCCGGAAACAGAGGACCACGGCCACCACCAUCUCUUCGCCGACGACGACGGAUCGUCAUCUCUCCCGGCCAGUCCCAUGGCGCGGGGGCUGGAGCGGGCGUCCUCUCUCCUCAAAUCAAUCAACCACUUCUCCCCGCUGCGUAGAUCCAGCGGACCCGACCCGCCGGAAACAGAGGACCACCACCACCAUCACCAUCUCUUCGCCGACGACGACGGAUCGUCGUCUCUCCCUGCCAGUCCCAUGGCGCGGGGGCUGGAGCGGGCCUCCUCCCUUUUCAAAUCCAUGAACCACUUCUCCCCGCUGCGUAGAUCCAGCGGACCCGACCCGCCGGAAACAGAGGAUCACCACCAUCUCUUCACCACCGACGACGGGUCGUCGUCAUCCUCGUCGCCGGCAUCAUCUCUCCCGACCACCCCGACCGCGCGGGCGCUCGAGCGGGCAUCCUCCAUCUUCAAGUCUCUCCACCACUUCUCGUCCCCUCUCGGCAGGUCCGACCCGGAACCCGGACCCGACCACCUGGUGAAGCGGAGCGGGGCGGCGGCGGCGGGAGGAGGGGGCAGGAGGGCGGCGACGGGGAAGAUGACGAAGUCGGCGAGCGAGAAGUGCACGGCGGAGGUGGUGGCGGCGGUGGCGGUGGAGGAGGAGAAGGAGGAGGAGGAGAGGCGGCGGCCGGCGACGGUGAGGCUGCAGAAGGCGGUGUCGAUCGGGGACGACCACGGGGUUGACUCGAAGGCCGACGACUUCAUCAACCGGUUCAAGCAGCAGCUCAAGCUGCAGAGGCUCGACUCGCUGCUAAGGAACAGAGAGCUGCUCCGAGCCCAGCAGCAGCAACACAGCUGA